AUGACGGCACUACGGAAGAAAGUGGACAAUAGCUGGAAUUUAAUAAACUUUUACAAAAAUUCGGGCACAGCGAGCAAAUCGCAAGUUUCGGUGGAUAUGAUCUCGGAGAAUGGGAAUUUUGACGAUGUUUUGUCGAAUACUAGCAGUGAGGAAUCGAAUUUACCUUUGGAAUUGAGCCGUGGAAGUCGCCCAGAAUUUAGUUUUGAUACUUUGAAACCGGAACCUCAGGAACGAGGAUCUGGGUUUUUGGUGGAGGAACAGGCGGCGGCAUCGGCAGGGUUGGCGACGGCGGAUGGAGAAUAUUUGGAAGUCAAGCAGUCGUUGGCGGGAUCAGCAAGAAGAAUGACCCAGAAUUUAGUAGGGAAUUAUGGUAGAAAAUUGCGUACUUGGCACAUUGUGGUCCUUACGUCUUCUGCGACACUUUUGGUGUCGCAUUUGGUGCAAGGUUUUUGGCAAAAUAUUUGGAAUGAGGAAUCCCAGGACGGUUUGGCGUUGACGCCACAUUUUACAGACCAUGGUGGACAUUCACAGGGUGCGGUUUACCGUAGUACAGAAUUUAUGGUCCCCUUUGGUGGCGACGUUUCGUCAAGUAAAUUCUACGUGGAUUUUGAGAAAAGAAUCGCAUAUCCGAUAGAUCUGGAAAAUUCGGUAUGGAGCUCCAAAUAUUUGGCCUUUGCCGAAUAUUUGGACGAUUUUUGGCAUAGAUCGAAAUUUAGAAGCGGGGUUCAAGACUUGAAAACUAGUCUCCGCAACGGUUACACCUCUGGGAAGGACAAAUUGCAGGAAUUGUGGGAUCGUCGAUCCUUUGAUAUUUGGCGGGAAGAUUUUGUGCCAUUCUUUUGGUCUAUUGUAGCAGGUCCUAGAGCUCAGAUCACACGAUUUGUUGUUCCAGCUUGGCAAAGCAUAACUCUGAAGGUGUCUAAUGGGUCGAAAAAACUGAGUUUGGAGAUUUUGCGCGCGUCGAGAUCUGUAGGCUACGAGAUUCGCCAUUUUAGCGACCACAUAUUCAGGAUGCCUGUACAAGCGUAUUCCCAUUGCAAGGAUAAAUUCAAUACAUUCGCAGUUAAGUUUCACGCACAAUGGGCAAACACCUUAGCGAUGUUAAGAAGAACAACACAAGGUACAAAGGAUUAA